GCGCGUCCAGAGAAGCUGCAAGACCGGAGACGCCCGGGGUGCUGCGUUAUAGUGAUAAUGGCAGGCUCCGCGUUGGUGGCGCGGGCGCGGCUCGGGACGUGGGGCGCGAGGGCCGUACAAAGCCGAGGCUUCGUCUCGGACAAGCCCGAGGAUAUCCACGGGAAAGCGGGCUCCAUCCGGGAAGCGGGUGGGGCCUUCGGGAAGAGAGAGCAGGCUGAAGAGGAGCGAUACUUCCGAGCGAAGACUAAAGAACAACUGGCAGCCUUGAAGAAGCACCAUGAAGAUGAGAUCGUUCAUCAUAAGAAGGAGAUUGAGCGGCUGCAGAAGGAAAUUGAGCGGCACAAGCAGAAGAUCAAAAGUCUAAACUCUGACGACUAAGUGCACACAGUUCCCCAUAGAAUGGCACGUGUCAUUGCCCACCUCCGUGUGACUAAUUCUGGUGUAAUUAACAUUGGUCUGUGUGCUACUAACAAGUUAUAAUAAAUCGUCAUCGGUGA